GGGUAUGCAGCGCGCCCCGCACUGAGGGGCGGCGGCGUCUACGCUCCGGGUGCCGCUCGGCCACUGCUCGGUGCUCCUGGCGGUGCUCCCGGAGUCCGGAGGGCUUCCAGGCGGCGGCGCGGCUCAGGGACUUUUCGUCUCUCCCUGGCCUCUCCCGAACGCGUCUAUGAGCGCAGCGUUCCCUCCGUCGCUGAUGAUGAUGCAGCGCCCGCUGGGGAGUAGUACCGCCUUUAGCAUAGACUCGCUGAUCGGCAGCCCGCCGCAGCCCAGCCCAGGCCAUUUCGUCUACACCGGUUACCCCAUGUUCAUGCCCUACCGGCCGGUGGUGCUGCCGCCGCCGCCGCCGCCGCCUCCCGCGCUGCCCCAGGCGGCGCUGCAGCCGGCGCUGCCGCCCGCGCACCCUCACCACCAGAUCCCCAGCCUGCCCACCGGCUUCUGCUCUAGCCUGGCGCAGGGCAUGGCGCUCACCUCCACGCUCAUGGCCACAUUGCCCGGCGGCUUCUCGGCGUCGCCCCAGCACCAAGAGGCGGCCGCCGCACGCAAGUUCGCUCCGCAGCCACUGCCUGGAGGCGGCAACUUCGACAAAGCCGAGGCGCUUCAAGCUGAUGCGGAGGAUGGCAAAGCCUUCCUGGCCAAGGAAGGCUCGCUGCUCGCCUUCUCUGCGGCCGAAGCGGUGCAGGCGUCUCUCGUCGGGGCUGUCCGAGGGCAAGGGAAAGACGAGUCAAAGGUGGAAGAUGACCCGAAGGGCAAGGAAGAGAGCUUCUCUCUGGAGAGCGAUGUGGACUACAGCUCAGAUGACAAUUUGCCUGGCCAGACAGCUCAUAAGGAGGAAGACUCGGGCCACGCACUGGAGGAGACCCCGCAAAGCGGCGGUGCAGCGGGCAGCACCACAUCCACAGGCAAGAACCGGCGGCGGCGGACUGCCUUCACCAGCGAACAGCUGCUGGAGCUGGAGAAAGAAUUCCACUGCAAAAAGUACCUCUCCCUGACCGAGCGCUCCCAGAUCGCCCACGCCCUCAAACUCAGCGAGGUGCAGGUAAAAAUCUGGUUCCAGAAUCGCCGGGCCAAGUGGAAACGCGUCAAGGCAGGCAAUGCCAAUUCCAAGACCGGGGAGCCCUCCCGGAACCCCAAGAUCGUCGUCCCCAUCCCUGUCCACGUCAGCAGAUUCGCUAUCCGAAGUCAACAUCAGCAGCUGGAGCAGGCCCGACCCUGAGGGCCCAGCCAGGGUGGACACUGUCGUGGAGAGGCCCUAACACCCGAGGGAACCCGUGGCAGACUCCACUGUUUAAAGCAAAACUCAAGGCACCUCCCAGAUGUGGACAUCCCAAGCAAAUUGAGAAUAUAUUCACUAGAUGGGCUUGAAGGGGCUAGAGCCACCGCAGAAGAUACACUAAAUAUUUAUUAUACGACCCUACUUUGUACAUAGAUAUCUAUAUAGACUGGAUCUCAGCUGCAGUAUUUUGAAAGGGAUAGGACCAACCGUCUCCACUCACACAUUCCAGAUGAAACCACUGUAGUCUGUCGCCCCAGGCGACCACCUUUCCAUACUUUCCCAAAGGUAAACGGGAGAUGUGAGAACA